GGCGGCUGCUGCUUGGCGGCGGGGACGGCUCCUCCGCCCGGGGCCCCAAGAUGCCGGCCGUGUCCAAGGGGGACGGGAUGCGGGGCCUGGCGGUCUUCAUCUCUGACAUCCGCAACUGCAAAAGCAAAGAGGCCGAGAUAAAGAGGAUCAACAAGGAGCUGGCGAACAUUCGGUCUAAGUUCAAAGGUGACAAGGCUCUUGAUGGCUACAGUAAGAAGAAGUAUGUCUGCAAGUUGCUCUUCAUCUUCCUCCUCGGUCACGACAUUGACUUUGGACACAUGGAGGCUGUAAACCUGCUCAGCUCCAACAGAUACACGGAGAAGCAGAUUGGCUACCUCUUCAUCUCUGUGCUGGUGAACUCCAACAGCGAGCUCAUCCGCCUCAUCAACAACGCCAUCAAGAACGACCUGGCCAGCCGGAACCCCACCUUCAUGGGCCUGGCCCUGCACUGCAUCGCCAACGUGGGCAGCCGCGAGAUGGCCGAGGCGUUCGCCGGGGAGAUCCCCAAGAUCCUCGUAGCAGGAGACACUAUGGAUAGUGUGAAGCAGAGUGCCGCCCUGUGUCUGCUGCGCUUGUAUAGAACAUCCCCUGACCUCGUGCCCAUGGGUGACUGGACAUCCCGAGUGGUCCACCUCCUCAAUGACCAGCAUCUGGGUGUGGUCACGGCUGCCACGAGCCUGAUAACGACCCUGGCGCAGAAGAACCCAGAGGAGUUCAAGGCCUCUGUGUCCCUGGCCGUCUCCAGGCUGAGCAGGAUCGUGACCUCGGCGUCCACAGACCUGCAGGAUUACACGUACUACUUUGUCCCGGCUCCCUGGCUCUCAGUCAAGUUGCUGAGGCUGCUACAGUGCUACCCACCCCCAGAAGACCCCGCCGUGCGUGGCCGCCUGACCGAGGGCCUGGAGAGCAUCCUGAACAAAGCGCAGGAGCCGCCCAAGUCCAAGAAGGUGCAGCACUCGAACGCCAAGAAUGCCGUGCUGUUUGAGGCCAUUAGUCUCAUUAUCCACCACGACAGUGAGCCCAACCUGCUCGUCCGAGCCUGCAACCAGCUGGGCCAGUUCCUGCAGCACCGGGAGACGAACCUGCGCUACCUGGCACUGGAGAGCAUGUGCACGCUGGCCAGCUCCGAGUUCUCCCACGAGGCUGUCAAGACGCACAUCGAGACCGUCAUCAACGCCCUCAAGACGGAGCGGGAUGUGAGUGUGCGGCAGCGCGCCGUGGACCUGCUCUAUGCCAUGUGUGACCGCAGCAACGCACAGCAGAUUGUGGCUGAGAUGCUGAGCUACCUGGAGACGGCCGACUACUCAAUCCGCGAGGAGAUAGUGCUCAAGGUGGCCAUUCUGGCUGAGAAGUAUGCAGUGGACUACACCUGGUAUGUGGACACCAUCCUGAACCUGAUCCGCAUUGCUGGUGACUAUGUGAGUGAGGAGGUGUGGUACCGCGUCAUCCAGAUUGUCAUCAACCGCGACGACGUGCAGGGCUAUGCGGCCAAGACCGUGUUUGAGGCCCUGCAGGCCCCUGCGUGCCAUGAGAACCUAGUCAAAGUGGGUGGCUACAUCUUGGGCGAGUUUGGAAACUUGAUCGCUGGGGAUCCGAGAUCCAGUCCUUUGAUCCAGUUCAACCUGCUGCACUCCAAGUUCCACCUGUGCAGCGUCCCCACCCGGGCGCUGCUGCUCUCCACCUACAUCAAGUUUGUGAACCUCUUCCCGGAGGUGAAGACCACCAUCCAGGACGUGCUGCGCAGCGACAGCCAGCUGCGCAAUGCCGACGUGGAGCUGCAGCAGCGGGCCGUGGAGUACCUGCGCCUCAGCACCGUGGCCAGCACCGACAUCCUGGCCACUGUUCUGGAGGAGAUGCCCCCAUUCCCGGAGCGCGAGUCCUCCAUCCUGGCCAAGCUGAAGAAGAAGAAAGGGCCUGGCCCUGUGACGGACUUGGAGGACAGCAAGCGGGACAGGAGCGUGGACGUGAACGGGGGCCCUGAGCCUGCACCAGCCAGCAGCAGUGCCGCGUCCACACCAUCCCCGUCAGCUGACCUGCUGGGUCUGGGGCCCACCCCCCAGGCCCCUGUGGGACCCCCACCCUCCUCCGGCAGCGGUGGGCUCCUCGUGGACGUGUUCUCCGACUCGGCUUCUGCCGCUGCACCGCUUGCUCCUGGUUCAGAGGACAACUUUGCCAGGUUUGUCUGUAAAAACAACGGGGUGCUGUUUGAGAACCAGCUGCUACAGAUCGGGCUCAAGUCUGAGUUCCGGCAGAACUUAGGCCGGAUGUUCAUAUUUUAUGGCAACAAGACCUCCACACAGUUUCUGAAUUUCACCCCAACACUGAUCUGCUCGGAUGGCCUUCAGUCCGAGCUGAACCUGCAGACCAAGCCUGUGGACCCAACUGUGGAUGGGGGCGCCCAGGUGCAGCAGGUGGUCAACAUCGAGUGUGUGUGUGACUUCACGGAGGCCCCAGUGCUUAACAUCCAGUUCCGGUAUGGCGGCACAUUCCAGAACCUGUCAGUGAAGUUGCCUGUGACCCUCAAUAAGUUCUUCCAGCCCACAGAGAUGGGGUCACAGGACUUCUUCCAGCGCUGGAAGCAGCUGAGCAACCCGCAGCAGGAGGUACAGAACAUUUUCAAAGCCAAGCACCCGAUGGACACGGAGAUCACCAAAGCCAAGAUCAUAGGGUUUGGCUCUGCACUGCUCGAAGAUGUUGACCCCAAUCCUGCCAACUUUGUGGGCGCCGGGAUCAUCCACACGAAGACCACCCAGAUCGGGUGCUUGCUUCGCUUAGAGCCAAAUCUGCAGGCCCAGAUGUACCGACUGACGCUGCGAACGAGUCGGGAGACCGUGUCCCAGCGGCUGUGUGAGCUGCUGUCGGAACAGUUCUGAGUCAUGGCCGUGGGCAUGGUCCUGCUCAUCUCUGCCCUGUGUCCUUGUCACUGUGCUGCAAGUCCACCCCUCAGGUGGGGCCCCUGCCCCGUGUCCCCAGCUCUGUCCCCUGGGCAUGGAUAGAGUGCCAUGGACUUUACAGACAGAAAGCUACGUGUGGACGGCGGGGCUGCCCCGUCGCGGGAAGCCCGGAUCCUGGGACCAGUUUUGUAGGAACCACGGCAGUCCUGUGGCUCAGUCUGUACAUUAAAGGGAAGUGACAAGUCUGA